AUGUUUUUGAGGAUAACAACGAAUGAUUCAAACAAAGAAAAUAAGGAAAAAAAUUUAAGAGAUGAGUUUUUUAACCAUGUCUUAAAAUGGAAUCCUGAUUGGUUUCGGAACAAAAAGUAUCAAAAACAACUUCCUGAUGUUGUGAAUAACAUUAAAUUAACUCCAACAAAAUUACAUUACAAAAAUGUUGAUGAAUAUCAACAAGUGAUGUUUCCUCAACUGAUACAUGAAUAUUGGUGUACGUUACAAAAAGAUUAUGAAGCACAUUUCAAAGACAAAAGAUGCGAAGAAAUUCUAGUUGAAAUACAUGAUAAACCUUCGCUCCAAAAUCUGCUCGUUGUCAAUCAUUUUACGAGGUCAACUUGUUGUUUUAGUGAUAAUAAACAAGAAUGUACUCAUCCUCGAACAGGAGAUUUAGUGGAACUUUUUAUAAAUCGAAAUAAAUAUUUCGCAUACGUUACAAGCAAAAUUGACGUUUCUAUCACAAAGAAUUUAUACCAAGGUAGAUUUCAAUCUGCUACCAUUGUUUCAAUUACAUUUUUAGAACCAAGUUUAGGCAUGAUUGACGGACUAAACUGUUUGGGAACUUUCCCAUUAUGUAAAUCAAUUUUAUCUCCGAAUGCUGAACAGUAUCGUAUGCCAUCACAAUUAAAACUUCAAUUGUCUGAUAUUGCUACAAAAGCAAAUCCUAAUCCAUCACAGUUAAAAGUAAUAUCAGGGAUUAUUGAAGCUAUAGAACAAGGAACACCUAAAAUAUGUUUAGUUCAGGGACCUCCAGGAACAGGAAAAUCAAAUACAAUUGUAAAUCUUAUUGCAUCAAUGAUAAAAAGAAACGAAAAUAUUCGAUUUUUGGUUUGUGCGGCAUCUAAUAAAGCCGUAGAUUCAUUGGCUUUACAGUUGAUAAAAAUAAAGCCUACUCUGGAAGGUCAAAAUAUUCCUUUUCUAGUAGUCCGUGUUGGUAAUAGAGAAAAAAUUGAUGAAGGCGUAAAGGGCAUUUUAUUAGAAACACUAGCGGAUCAAAUACGCAGAAAAAAUAUGUCCUUCGAAGAAACAAAUGAAAAAAACAAAGAAACUAUACUGAUGAAUUCCCAAGUUAUUACCAGCACAUUAGCGUCCUGUUAUACAAAAAGUUGCAUGCGCAAAUUUUUCAGUGAAAAUUCAUUAUCUGAAAAAUUAGUCUGCAUUAUUGAUGAAGCUGCACAGGCCAAUGAACUACUUACUCUGAUUCCUCUUUUAUUGGGAGUGAAAUUUCUUUUCCUAGUUGGAGAUCAUCAACAGUUGGAACCAGUAGUUUUAUCUCAAACGGCUAAACGUUAUGGUUAUAAUUCAUCAUUAUUUGCUCGUGCACAAAAAAUUUUUAGAGAGGAAAAAAAAAAUCCAAUUGCUGUGUUGGAUACUCAAUAUCGAAUGGAGAAAUCUAUUUCAUGCUGGCCAAACAAGUAUUUCUACCAGAGCCGUUUAAAAGAUGCUGCUUUAACAAAUUCAUUAGAAUUAUUUGAUAAUUUGAAACGAGAUUUUGGGUUUAAAGUUGAAAAAAAUAAAGAUAUCGAAGUAAAUACGGUUGACAGCUUUCAAGGAUCUGAAAGGGAUAUUAUUAUUAUGUCAUGUGUUCGAAGCCAUGAAUUAGGAUUCACGGGAAAUCCGAAUAGAUUAAAUGUUAGUAUAACUAGAGCCAAACAUACGUUGAUUAUGUUGGGAAAUUUUCAAGCAUUCGAAAGAAAUAGUAUGUGGUCAAACCUUAUUCGAAAUGCUGAACAACGAAAUGUUUUGGUACAUAUAAAUGAUGAUAACGCAGAAUCUAUAUUCGAAAAAGAAAUAAACUGA